UUUUUUUUAAUUUGCGGUAGAAGACGUCGACUUACAAAACGGGGAAUUUUGUAGAAAAACGAGGCCUAAGAGGCCAUAAUGCAGUCCGCUGGUGGAAUCAGGUCUCGUUUCAUCAUCUUCGUCUUCCCCUGCUCGAAUUCUCUUGUCUAUAACCCUUCUUUUCUCAAGUUUUGUCAUCUGAUAAUACAAGCUACUGUUGCAAUCCUCUCAUCCGAUAAUCAAGGACUCUAGAUUAUUAGGACUUCAAGUUGGUGUGUCUAAGAACUGUCAUCAAAACCCUAAACCCUAAACCCUUAACAUGGGUAAGAUACGUUGGUUCUCUACUUCUUUUUCUAAAGAACCUUCAAUGGUUCCAUGGAUUUCCCCCCUUGUUUAUGCAAAAUCUAGAUCCCAAAAACCAGACCCUUCAACCACCAUCACACAAACCCCAAAAAACCCUAAAUACAUUUCUCAUGAAUCAGCCAUUAGAUUAAUAAAACGUGAGAAAGAUCCACAUCGAAUCCUUACAAUCUUUAAAACCAUUGCUAAUCAAAGAGGUUUCAAUCAUAACCACUCCACUUACGCCAUUACCCUUCACAAACUCGCACGCUCAAAACACUUCAAAGAAGUCGAUUCCAUUCUUCAUCAAAUGAGCUAUGAAACCUGCAAAUUCCAUGAAAGUAUAUUCCUUGAUCUCAUGACACAUUUCUCAAAAUCUUCACUUCAUAAAAGGGUUAUUGAAAUGUUUGAUAAAAUUCAACCAAUUGUUCGCGAAAAGCCCUCUUUAAAAGCCGUGAGCACAUGUCUAAAUCUUUUGGUUGAUUCAAAUCAAGUCGAUUUAGCAAGAAAUUUCCUCUUAGAUUCCAAAAAGACCCUCGAUUUACAUCCUAACACAUGCAUCUUCAACAUUUUGGUCAAACAUCAUUGCAAGAAUGGAAAUCUUGAAUCUGCUAUUGAGGUCAUAAAAGAGAUGAAACUUUCAGAAGUUUCUUACCCUAAUUUGAUCACAUACUCAACUCUAAUGGAGGGUUUUUGCCAAAGUGGAAAACUCGAAGAAGCAAUCGAUCUUUUCGAACAAAUGGUUUCAAAAGAGCGAAUCACACCCGAUCCUUUGACUUACAACAUUUUAAUAAACGGGUUUUGUAAGUCUGGAAAGGUUGACCGAGCCAUGAAGAUAGUUGACUUCAUGACAAAAAACGGGUGCAAUCCAAAUGUAUUCAACUACUCAACUUUAAUGAACGGAUUUUGCAAAAUAGGUGAUUUAAAAGAAGCGAAAAAUGUUUUUAAAGAAAUGAAACGGGUCGGGUUACGACCCGAUAAAAUCUUGUACACCACUUUGAUUAAUUGUAUGUGUAGAGCGGGUGAAAUUGAUGAAGGGAUUAGGGUUUUGAAAGAAAUGGAGGAAAAUGAUUGUAAAGGGGACACAAUUACUUUUAAUGUGAUUCUUGUGGGGUUAUGUAGAUUUGAUAGAACUUAUGAAGCUUUUGAGAUGCUUGAGAGGUUGAGUUAUGAAGGAGGUGUUUAUUUGGAUAAGUCGAGUUAUAGGAUUGUGUUGAAUUCAUUGAUUAAAUUAGGGGAUUUGGAGAAGGCAACAGGGUUGGUUGGUGUGAUGUUGAGUAGAGGAUUUGUGCCUCAUUUUGCCACGUCAAAUGAGUUGGUGGUUGGGCUUUGUGAAGGUGGAAGGGGGGAGGAGGCGGCGGCGGUGGUGGCGGCAUUGGCGGUGAUGGGGUUUAACCCUGAGUUGAGAGUGUGGGGUCGGGUUGUUGAGGUGGUGUGUAGGGGGAGAAGAUUGUUGGAUACAUUUGAAGUUCUUGAUGGGUUGAUUAAUAGAGGGAAUCAAGAAUAAUGGUGAAAAUUCAGAUGAAUGUACAAGUUUUGAUGCAUGAUGUAUAAGUAAAAGCAGCAUUUGAACUUGUUGAUGUAUUGACAGGUUUUGAUGCGUGAUGUACAAGAGGAGUAGUAGUAACAUUUGAAGUUUUGAACACAAUAAAUAUGGCAUAUUUUUGACAUGUUUAGUUAGUGUUGGAAUAGUUUAUUGAAUUUUAUUUUUGUAAUUCAAAUAGUUUACUUAUUCUAGAUAUUACAAAUGUGACUUCAUUUCUUUUCAACCAAAAUAAA